CGACUCUUAUUCAUUUCUGCAUCCGCCCUCUCUCUCUUCCGCAUCAUCUCAUCAUCUCAUCCACUAAACCUGAAUUGGAAUCGGAGUCGCCAUCAUGACCGCCAAUAUGUCUGUUCCAGUGCAAGAGCAGCGCAGUGUACCGACCGUGAUGAUUGUAGGCGCAGGAUUGGGUGGCCUGCUACUGGCCAUCCUCUUUGAGCGCGCCAACAUACCCUACCACAUUUACGAGCGGGCUACGGUCCUUAGACCACUCGGAUCCGCCAUGACGAUGGGUGCCGACAUCCUUCCCGUUUUUGAGCAGCUUGGUCUCCUAGAAGAACUCAAGCAAAUCUCCCGACCACUGUCUUCGCUUGAUCUUUAUAACAAAGACAUGAAGUUCCUGGGCCAAAUCAACCUAAAGACUCGAAAAGCUGUCACAGGAUAUGACAGCAUCAUCUUCGCGCGCCCGAAAUUCCAUGAACUUCUGCUCAGACAAGUACCAGCCCACAAAAUCAGUCUCGGAAAGAAGGUCCUUAGUUCCGAAGAAUCUGAUGGCAGAAUCAUCAUCAACUGCUCUGACAACACCAAGUACGAGGGUGAGAUUCUCGUGGGAGCUGAUGGCGCCUACAGUGGGGUUCGACAGAGUCUCUACAAGCGCAUGGCGGAAACGGACAUGCUUCCCAAAGUGGACCAGGAGGGCUUUUCGAUAGGGUAUGUCAGCAUGGUAGGGGUAACUAGUCCUCAAGAUCCAGAAAAGUACCCGAUCCUCAAAGACAGCUACGCUCACUUUUCGCAGGUCCUUGGAGACGACAAUUGCAGUUGGGGCGUUCAGAGCGUCGCAAACAACCAGAUUUGUUGGAUCCUCAGCACCCAACUUUCGCCCUCGGAUGCGAAGGAGCAACAGUUUAGGAACUCAGAAUGGGGACCAGAGGCGAAUGAGGCGAUGAUUAGAAAGUAUCGAGACUUUCUGUGCCCGUGGGGAGGUACCAUGGGAGAUAUUUUCGAUGCAACUGUCGACAGUCUGACUUCGAAGGUGUUCCUGGAAGAAAAGGCUUUCAAGACAUGGUACCAUUCCCGAACAGUCCUUCUUGGUGAUGCGUGCCACAAGAUGCUUCCCGGAGCAGGCGUAGGGGCCGUGAAUGCCAUGCAGGAUGCUGUGGUGCUCGCGAACUGUCUGUUCAACAUACCGGACAAUAGUAUGAAGAAUAUCACCGUGGCACUUCAAGGCUAUUACAGACAACGAUACCCGCGCUCAUUCAUGCAGUUCCGACGCAGCAAUGGCAUGUCAAAGAUUCUGGCUGGCCAGACCUGGAUGGAGCGGGCUCUGCGGUAUGUGCUCCUCAACUAUAUCCCUGAUUGGGUCCAGCAGCGCAGCUUUGCCAAGACGUUGGAGUACCGGCCACAGAUUGCUUGGUUACCUCUGGUUGAGACUCGAGGGUCAGGACAUGUCGUGCCACAAGAAUGCGCGAGGAGGGUGAUCGAGCAACAGCAGCCGCCACAAGCCGUUUAGUAUAACUUUGUUUUUCCGAGGACAACAUUCUUCAUCCUUUAGCCUACCUCGGCAUCUUUCCUCCGACUGCACCUCUCUGCCAAUGCAUAUACAUCUGUAAUAGAGAGCGCAGCUCGAAUAAACAACAGAAAAUUAGUCUGCA